UCUCCCCCGCCCCACCACGGCUGGCCCUGUGCAAACCACGCACGCGCCUGUCUCCAGUCUCGCAUCGGAAUCCCUCGACCGGCUCUCCUUCCCCGAUCUCCUUCCCGAUCCAAACCCGCAGCGACGCGUGGAGAGAGAGGGAGGGGGAGAUCGCGCAGGAAGGGAGCAGAAGGGCGCGGAGAUGUCGUCGUCCUCGUGGGCGCAGGCGCUGGUGCAUAUCUCGCCCUACACCUUCUCCGCCAUCGGCAUCGCCGUCUCCAUCGGCGUCUCCGUCCUCGGCGCGGCAUGGGGGAUCUUCAUCACGGGGAGCAGCCUCAUCGGGGCCGCCAUCAAGGCGCCCAGGAUCACAUCCAAGAACCUCAUUAGUGUUAUCUUCUGUGAGGCUGUCGCAAUUUAUGGUGUAAUUGUGGCAAUCAUCCUCCAGACAAAACUUGAAAGUGUGCCAACAUCUCUAAUGUACGCUCCUGAGUCUCUUCGAGCUGGCUAUGCGAUCUUUGCAUCUGGUCUUAUUGUUGGCUUUGCUAAUCUUGUUUGCGGGGUAUGCGUGGGGAUAAUUGGAAGCAGCUGUGCGCUGUCUGAUGCUCAGAACUCAUCACUCUUUGUAAAGAUCCUGGUGAUUGAGAUCUUCGGCAGUGCUUUGGGACUGUUUGGAGUGAUUGUUGGUAUAAUCAUGUCAGCUCAAGCAACAUGGCCAGCAAAAGCUUGAUUCUAUCCAUCCAGCUCUCUGUAAAUUAUUUUGUGUGAAAUGUAUCGGAAUGUCAACAUGUGGUCCAACUACUGCUGUCUGUCUCUUUUUCCUUUUGCACCUUUUUGGCAAAACACGUAAUUCGGUGCUUAGUGCAUCCGAUUGUAGAGAUACUAUUCCUAUUACUGAGACUCCUUGUGUGUUGAAUAUCUUGUAGGUGCUAUUGUUGUUGCAAGACGCUCUUGGCCUAUUGAAUAAAUUCAUUGAACACAAUAGGUGGAAAUGUUUUCAUUGAAUAAAUUCAUUAAACA